CGGCGGCGCCCGCGGGCCCACCCGCAAUCCCGCGGCUUCCCCCCGCUUUCCAUUCCUCCGUCCCUUCCUGUGGGUGAACACCUCUCACCUCCUCCGCCGCGCCCCCUGCUGCCUGUUUUGUUUCCAUCCUCCGCCCGAUCUCUCCUUCUUUAUAAGCACAUCGCCUUCCUUUCUCCCUUCCGAGUCGCCACAAAACCGAGGAAAGAGAGAGACGGACAGGAUAUACUCGCUGCUCUGCCGCCCCCUUCGCCUUUAGUUGAUCUCGCCAUGGCUGCCACCGUCGCCGUGGACAACCUGAACCCCAAGGUUUUAAAAUGUGAGUAUGCUGUGCGUGGAGAGAUUGUCAUCCAUGCUCAGCGCUUGCAGCAACAGCUGCAAACUCAACCAGGAUCUCUACCUUUUGAUGAGAUCCUCUAUUGUAACAUUGGGAACCCACAAUCUCUUGGUCAGCAACCAGUUACAUUCUUCAGGGAGGUAUGUGAAUUUUGUACCUGCAGAAUUUAAAGUUUGUUCCGCUGGAUUCUUACAUGGUAUAUCGCAGGUUCUUGCACUUUGUGAUCAUCCAGACCUGUUGAAAAAGGAGGAAAUCAAAACAUUGUUCAGUGCUGAUUCUAUUUCUCGAGCAAAGCAGAUUCUUGCCUUGAUACCUGGAAGAGCAACAGGAGCAUACAGUCAUAGCCAGGGUAUAAAAGGACUUCGUGAUGCAAUUGCUUCUGGGAUCGCUUCACGAGAUGGAUUCCCUGCUAAUGCUGAUGACAUUUUUCUUACAGAUGGAGCAAGCCCUGGGGUGCACCUGAUGAUGCAAUUACUGAUAAGGAAUGAGAAAGAUGGCAUUCUUGUCCCGAUUCCUCAGUACCCUUUGUACUCGGCUUCUAUAGCUCUUCAUGGCGGAUCUCUUGUCCCAUACUAUCUCAAUGAAUCGACGGGCUGGGGUUUGGAAAUCUCUGAUGUUAAGAAGCAACUCGAAGAUGCUCGCUCAAGAGGCAUUGACGUUAGGGCUUUGGUGGUUAUCAAUCCAGGAAAUCCUACUGGACAGGUACUUGCUGAGGAAAACCAAUAUGACAUAGUGAAGUUCUGCAAAAAUGAGGGUCUUGUUCUUCUGGCUGACGAGGUAUACCAAGAGAACAUCUACGCUGACAACAAGAAAUUCCACUCUUUCAAGAAGAUAGUGAGAUCCUUGGGAUACGGCGAGGAGGAUCUCCCUCUAGUAUCAUAUCAAUCUGUUUCUAAGGGAUAUUAUGGUGAGUGUGGUAAAAGAGGUGGUUACAUGGAGAUUACUGGCUUCAGUGCUCCAGUAAGAGAGCAGAUCUACAAAAUAGCAUCAGUGAACCUAUGUUCCAAUAUCACCGGCCAGAUCCUUGCUAGUCUUGUCAUGAACCCACCAAAGGCUAGUGAUGAAUCAUAUGCUUCAUACAAGGCAGAGAAAGAUGGAAUCCUUGCAUCGUUAGCUCGUCGUGCGAAGGCAUUGGAGGUUGCAUUCAGUAAACUUGAAGGAAUUACUUGCAACAAGGCUGAAGGAGCAAUGUACCUGUUCCCUCAAAUCUGUCUGCCACAGAAGGCGAUUGAGGCUGCUAAAGCUGCUAACAAAGCACCUGAUGCAUUCUAUGCUCUUCGUCUCCUUGAGUCGACAGGAAUCGUCGUUGUCCCUGGAUCUGGAUUUGGCCAGGUUCCUGGCACAUGGCACUUCAGGUGCACGAUCCUUCCGCAGGAGGAGAAGAUCCCGGCAAUCAUCUCCCGCUUCACGGUGUUCCAUGAGACGUUCAUGGCAGAGUACCGUGACUAAACUGGUGUAACAUGUGUGGGAUUACAUGCAAGCCUCAUGGAUUUUCCCUAGGCGUUUUUGCCCGCGUUGACAGCAGUAUCCUGUAGAUGAGACAAAAUAAAGCAAAUCCAUGGCUUGUGUGUGUGAUACUAUAUCAGAUUCUGAAACAGAUUACCAGUCUGAUGCCUUUGAUGGCAAAUUGGCAACUGAGAAUUUUUAUUUCCACCUUUA